UUUGUAUUUAUCCUAUUGCAUGUAUUUCUUAUACACUACUUGUAAAGUUAAAAACUGAAGGAACGUGCUAAAUCCUUUGAAGUAUGGGAAGACAGCUCUUGGCAGCCUCUUUGGUCCUUUUGGGCUUCACUGGUAUCAUCGUUAUAUGCGCUUUGCCCAUGUGGAAGGUUUCUGCCUUCGUGGGAUCCAACAUUUUGACAGCACGGGUGUUCUGGGAGGGCUUGUGGAUGAACUGUGUACUGUUGAGCACUGGGAAUAUGCAGUGCAAGGUAUAUAACACUAUUUUGGCUUUGUCUCAAAAUCUUCAGGUCAGUCGAGCCCUUAUCUGUAUCUCCCUUGCAGCUGGUGGAGUCGGUAUUGUUUUAAUGGUCAUUGGGGCCAGAGCCACUAACUUUUAUCGUGACAAUCAAUAUGCCAAGAUCAGAUGUGGAUUAUCAGCUGGGGUGGUCUACAUCAUUGCAGGUGUACUGUGCCUGAUAGCUGUGAGCUGGUCAGCACAAGGCAUCAUUGUGGGCUUCUACAGUCCUACAGCAACAGAUGCAAUGAGAGGUGAACUCGGGGCCUCCAUCUAUGCGGGAUGGUUAGCUGGCUUCCUCCUAAUCUUGGGUGGAUCCAUAUUCCUCAGCACAUACUCCAGCAGCUGCUGAGCAUUG